GAUUGGUUGAUCACCAGAGGCCAAGAAGUCACUGGUAUCAAAAGCCUCUAUUAGUUGCUUGGUUCCACGGUAGUGCUAUCCAUCUAAACCAGAUGUGCAGCUCCACUAUGGAAGGUAAAGAUGGGUGGUGCUGCAGGUCACUUCAAAAUAUGGCAGUCCUUUUGCUCCUGUGCACUUUAGCCCCAAGUUUAACUUGUUUUAGCUUGAGGGGAUUGAGCAGAAACGCUCAACAGGAUAAGGUAGUUAGUGUGGCAGCAGUGGUGGAGGUACUGACAGGGAGCAUUCUCUUUAAUGGGAAAGAGCUGAGCUCCGAAUCAGGAUCUCCCUUUGCUGCUGCAACAAAUGACGAUGGACUGCUGCAUGUCGUUACAGAUGAACCAGAAGGCUCAGGGAUGUUUGCACAGACAUCACAGCUGAAUGAAGUCAUGGCCAAUGAAGGAGCAUGGAGGCGCUUAAACCCUGCUCUGCAUUGUGGUCAAACCCAGAUGAACUUCACAGCCAUGAGACUUGGAGCUGCUGAUUUACAACUAGAUAUUGGUAAGGGAGAUCCCCUUCCUCUGACCCAAUUAUCUGAAAGCUGUGGAUACUCGAUGCAACAAAGUGCUAUGGGUCUUGUUUUGGUUGCUCCCUAUGAUGGCUGCAAUAUGAUACAAGAGAAUGGAAACUAUGUGGUCUCAAUGAUGUGGCGAGAGGCUAAAGUAAAAUUGAUCUGCCCCAUCUUGCAAAGUCCUGAUGCAACGCCUGCUCAACAUCCCUGGAAACGUCCUGUACCUCACAGGCCUACAAGAUAUGAUCGUCCUAAACGGCAUGCAACUCAGCCCAUUUUAUUCUACGAUCCUCGCAUUCCACUCAGUUAUUUUUACUAUUUAUAUUGGAGACAAGCCCAAGCCACUGCCCCUGCUACAACUACUGCUGAGCCGGACACAACCACAACAUCCAAACCGACCACAGAGAAACCUCAAAACCCUCCUGUAUACCCUCCCUAUAUGUAUUACCCUUACUUUUACUCCCCUAACUACUAUUACUACCCACUCCCUGUGAGUACUACUGUGCCACCAGUUACCACCACCACCACCACCACCGCACCUGCUACCACCACCACCACAACUGCACCUGCAACCACGGCCGAAACGACUACGACAAAGGCCGAAACGACGACUACCUCAGCCCCUACUACUAAGACCCAAACACCAAUGAACCCCUAUUACCCUAUAUAUUAUCCUUACCCUCCUGCAGGACAGCAGUUGCCGCAAGUCCCUGACAAAUCUGAUGUUUACUACUACCCAUUCAUACAGCAUAUCUAUGGAAGACAUCCAUACCCAUUCCAGCCAAUGCAAACAACUACGCAGCCUCCUACUUCCACAACUAAGCCAAGUGGCACAACAAGCGAGACAAGCCCUACAGCGACGCCAACAACAACUGCUUCUCCCACUACAAAAACGACGGGACCAUAUUCCAAUCCAACAACAUCCUGCAGCGGCAGCUAUACAGGCCAAUUGAGUCCAUUUGUUGAGUACCACAAGAGCCCCUUUGCUCCAAUCAUUUCAUACGCCUACAAUAAAGCUGGCAAACUCCUAGACCACGAAAAAUACAUGCCUCAAGAUGGUUACAAAUCUGGACCACAGGCUCAAGCACACCCAGGCUUCGACUGGCGAGCUGUGCCAUGGCAUUUCCACACAACUGGGAAUGGCUUUCCUCAAAUUGACUGGAAAAAUCUUUAACUUAAAUUGUUCUUUUUCAAAUGGUAAGGCAAUGGUAAGGUAACUGAGUUGCUGUUCAUCAACCAUAAUGGUCUUGUCUUUCAGGGGCUCCUUUCCUGUUGUACUGAGCCUUCAAUAAACAUGUUUUACUUGGAACUUGGUUUUCAUGUUUCCCUUUUAUGCCAUGGUGGUAAUAUUUUUGGCAUAUCCUGGUGGUUCUAAAUUGGGACAUAUCAAAGUCACAUCACGCUUGGAACUCUUGAAAGGUCUGAUAACAUAAGACAUAUUUUCCAUCAGCCUGGUAACAGUAAUAUUUUAGAAAUCAGAUUGCUGCACUCAUGCAGUGUGCACCCACCCCAUUCUGUCUGUUCCUAUAUAUUUCCACAUGGUGUUAUCUCCUCCAAUCCCCCCAUGGCAAGACACACACAAAUCAAGGAUCUCCACACAUCACUGAAACUAAGCCACACUUGACAACAGAGACGUGCAAUGCUGGUCUAUGAGCAUGGACGCUUGUCUGCAUUUCAUUUAAAACGGCUCUAGAGUGUUAGUUGGCAAGAAUUAAGAGCACUGAGCUCAGGAGUAAAACUGCUCUGCAAAAGAAAUCUUUUAAUCCAUGCUUGGGAACAGCAGUUGUCUUCUGUAAUGCUGCUUUUGCACUUUUACUUGCAUUUUAUGGAAUCGUCACAUGUCUACAAUGUAGCUCGUCUUCAUGGACGACUAUGAUGUGGAAAGGGACGAGGAAGAAGAGGGAGACUUAUUCAUGAGAAAGGCCACAGCGGGCCACUGGUGGGAGGACUGUGGGGACGAUGGCAACUGUGAUAUACAUCACCAGAGAGGGGGGAGAGGCUGCAUGGUAAACAGCCGCAGCUGGGCUGAGGAGCUCCAGGAUAUCUUUGCACCACAGGCUGUAGACUGUUACAGUGGAGGGCGAAGCAGAAUCUCCAGCAUCUCUGCCCAGAGGAACGACAGAGAGUCCAUCAGGCAGAAACUUGCCCUUGGCAGUUUCUAUGACGACGAGCCUGUCAUCUACACCAGCUGCAGCAAGAACGGCCCAUCCUCCCGGCUGCAGAGUGGGGUGAACCUGCAGGUGUGUUUUGUCAAUGACAGCAACAGUGACAAAGACAGUGAUGCCGAGGACAGCAGGACAGAAACCAGUCUGGACACACCCCUUUCACCUGUGAGCAAGCAGAGCUCUUCGUUGUCAGACCGGGACACGGCAGAGGAGGACUCUGACGCGUUAGAUGACUGCAGCGGGUUCUGGCGGGUGCAGCGGAGACUGCAGGAGGAGGCCAGGGUGGCGUUGGCCCUAGCUCGACCCAUGGCCCGCAUGCAGGUGGAGGUGGAGAGGCAGAUACAGCUGCACAGACGCUCACCUGUGGCUGACUUGCUUCCCCAUUUGCCUCACAUCAGCGAGUGCUUGAUGAAGAGGAAUUUGAGGCGAGGGGACAUGAGGGACAUGAGUCUUGGUCAGCUGCAAGUCAUCACAAAUGACUUACACUCACAGAUCCAGAGUUUAAAUGAAGAGCUGGUGCAGUUGCUCCUAAUGAGGGAUGAGCUGCAUGUGGAGCAGGACGCCAUGUUGGUGGACAUAGAGGACCUCACGAGGCAUGCUCACAGCCACCAUCGGCAGCAGGCAGAGAAAGCCAUCUCUAAAUAAAUACAUCGCCCGGUCCUCACUUGUCUCCGUCUGCACGACAUCCAACCCGCAUCGCUCCGUGGACCGUCACCAGUGUUACCAAUGAAACUCCAUCUGUGCUGUUUCUGAUGAGGGGGGCUGCUUUCAAUAUGAACACAGCAGAGUUUGUGCAGGCUUCUCACUUCCACCCCGGCAUGAUUAACCAGAGCAUAUUUCACAGAUUUAGUGGAAACACUUUGAUCUCAUUCCAUCCCAACACUGAUUUACCUCCUUAUGACUUUGCACAGUACACUCAUGUAUGUUAAUGCAGAGUGGGAGGAAACACCUGCACACUUUAUUUCUCACUUCUCUCAGAAAGGAUAAUGACUUUCAGGGACAUAAAGAUCAGCUGACUUUGUAUUUCCUCUAUCUCUAUAGAGUGAUCAAGAAGAUUGAUCCAUUGUAGUAAACGUAUUUACUUCUUUCUUUCACUAGAAGCACUGUCAUCACUUUUUAAUUCUCUAUUAAACAUCUAUUGUCUGAGCUGUUGCAACAGAAAGGAUGAACAUUCUCAGCUGGUAGCGUCGCCGGUCAUCUAAAUGCUUCAAAGAAGUCUCGUAAAAAUUCUUUAGACACUCAACUGGCUGUCACAGUUUCGAGCUUUAAAUGCUGUGUGCAAUAAGAGACACAUUAAGAGAAAAACAUUUGAGGAAUUUGUCUUCGUCAAAUUUGGCGAUACUUGAUACAAUCGACAAAAUGACGAGAUGUGGGUUAAAAGUAAUUUGGGGUGAAAUGAAGCAGAAGUGACAAGAAGACAUGUUGAUGUGGACGGCCUCCAAAUCAAAAGAUAUGCAAUGUGAUUGUUGUUAAACUCAAUUUACCAAUGUGACAGAAAGAAGUUUAACAUUAAAUAAUAAUAUCAAUAAAUUAUAGUCUAUAUCUCUUUUAUCUGUUUAAAAUGUUUAUGGACACGCUGUAUGUAAAUGUUAAAAGACUAAAAGGAUGAAGGACAUGCCCUGUGUGUGUUUAGGAGCUUUUUAAGAAUGUCGGUUAACACAAACGUUCUUUUUCUAUUUUUUGCUCCACUGAUCAAUGUACUGUAUAAUGAUUGUAAAAAAAGGAUCCAUUAAUAAACGCUU